AUGGCUGCAUCGGACGAUGGUGUAUUUCGUAUCUUGGUAAUCAAUCCCAAUACAUCCACGCAUAUGACAGAAGCUUUGAAACCCAUCCUGGACCGACUCAACUACGCCGAUGUGCGUUUCAAAUAUUUCACAGCUCCAAACGAGACGCUUACGAUCAACGGCACUGUAUACGAGCCCAUCGCAAGCAUCAAUAAUGGCGAGCAAUCGGCCAAGUCGGCGCUGAACUGCACGUCUGCUCUUGAGCUCGUGCCUCAAUAUGAUGCCUUUUUGGUGGCAUGCUACUCUUGCCAUCCUCUGGUGGGAAUGUUGCGACGGCGCAUCAAAGAGCUUGAGCAGACCAAUGCGUCACGAAAGAAGUAUGUGACGGGCAUUUUCGAAGCUAGCGUUGUUGCUUCCUUGUCCCUGAUCAGCGGAUUUGAUUUUGUGAGCUCGGAAGCUCUGAAGAAGAAGCAGGUUGAAGAGACAUUUGGCAUCAUAACGACCGGCAGUGCAUGGAAAGAUGAGCUCAACGGAGCUGUGAAGGAAAUGUUGGUGGGUCAGGGCUCAUCUUCGCGCUUCGCGGGUGUUGAGACCACGGGGCUUACGGCGGUCGAACUGCAUACAACCGCAUGGGAUGAAGUGAAGAGAAGACUCAUCGAUGCCACUCAAAAGUUACUGAAGAGUGCAUCGAGCCCUGUUGGUGCAAUUUGCUUAGGCUGUGCGGGCAUGGCAGGCAUGGAAGAAGCAAUUCGGGAAGGUUGUAUUCAGGCCUAUGGGGAGGAAGGUCGUCGAGUGAGAAUUGUUGAUGGCGUUGUUGCAGGAGUUGGGAACUUGGUGACAGCCUUCGGCAGUCAGUUCUGGCAACAGCUGUGCCAGGAGCACGGAAUCAGCCAAGACGGAAACCUAGAGGAGUUUGCGACCGAGGGUGGAGAUCGCAAGGAUGUCUUCUUCUAUCAGGUCCUCAAUAACAUCCAAACCGGCCCUUACAAAAACAUCUACAACCCCGAGAACUUCUUCGUUGGACAACAAGGCAUUGGAGCAGGUAACAACUGGGGCGCUGGCUAUGCGGCGGGAGAAGGGGUUCAGGAAGAGAUUUUUGAUAUGAUCGACCGAGAAGCAGAUGGAAGUGAUUCACUAGAGGGAUUCAUGUUAUUACACUCAAUUGCAGGAGGCACAGGAUCGGGAUUGGGCAGUUUCAUAUUGGAGCGGAUGAACGACCGGUUCCCCAAGAAGCUCAUUCAGACAUACUCCGUCUUCCCGGAUACGCAAUCGGUGGAUGUGGUUGUCAACCCUUACAACAGUCUACUUGCGAUGCGGCGAUUGACACAAGACGCCGACUCUGUGGUUGUCCUGGACAAUGGAGCCCUCUCAAGAAUUGUGGCCGAUCGACUUCAUGUGCAAGAGCCUUCUUUCCACCAAACUAACCAGCUUGUUUCAACGGUCAUGUCGGCCUCUACGACCACACUUCGAUAUCCAGGCUACAUGCACAAUGACCUAGCAGGAAUCAUUGCCUCGCUGAUCCCGACGCCACGCAGCCACUUCCUACUCACCUCUUACACACCAUUCACGGGCGAUAACAUCGAGCAGGCCAAGACCGUUCGCAAGACCACUGUUCUGGAUGUGAUGCGACGCCUUCUCCAGCCAAAGAACCGCAUGGUCUCCAUCAACCCCAGCAAGGCCAGCUGCUACAUCAGUAUCCUCAACAUCAUUCAAGGUGAAGCCGAUCCCACCGAUGUACACAAGUCUCUGCUGCGCAUUCGCGAGCGUCGCCUUGCUUCAUUCAUCCCCUGGGGCCCUGCCAGUAUCCAAGUGGCGCUCACCAAUAAGUCACCGUACCUACAGCACACCCACCGCGUGAGUGGUCUCAUGCUGGCAAACCACACCUCGGUCGCCACUCUGUUCAAGCGUAUUCUGAGCCAGUACGACCGCCUGCGCAAGCGCAAUGCCUUCAUCGAGCAAUACAAGAAAGAAGCGCCUUUCUCGGACGGCCUCGGCGAAUUCGACGAAGCGCGCGCCGUGGUCAUGGACCUAGUGCAGGAGUACGAGGCCGCGGAACGGGCCGACUACCUGGACCCCGGGGCCGGAGAAGGACCAGAGAUGGGGGCAUGA